AUGGUAAGACCUCCUUGCUGUGACAAGCUGAACCUUAAAAGGGGUCUCUGGACUGCACAGGAAGAUGCAAAGAUACUUGCAUAUGUCUCAAAGCAUGGCACAGGAAACUGGACAGCUGUUCCUAAAAAAGCAGGUCUUAAAAGAUGUGGGAAGAGCUGCAGGCUAAGGUGGACUAACUACCUGAGGCCUGAUCUUAAGCAUGACAGCUUCACUCCCCAAGAAGAGGAGAUGAUUGUUAGGCUUCAUGCAGCCAUAGGCAGCAGGUGGUCCAUAAUAGCACAACAACUUCCUGGGAGAACAGACAAUGAUGUUAAGAACCACUGGAAUAGCAAGCCGAGUAAGAAGCUUUCUGAAAUGGGAAUCGACCCUGUCACUCAUAAGCCUCUCUCUCAAAUACUUACUGAUUAUGGAAACAUUGGAGGCAUUCCAAAACAUUGA